CCUACUUAAACCUUCAACUAACCUUUUAACUAAACGCAACUUGGAACAGUUGUCGUAUCUGCGCAACGCCUCUUAUGUUCAACCAGAGUUACAGUUUUGUUUUAACAAGUGUGCGUUCCAACUUGGUGUACAUAUUCAAAAGUCGAAGACGAUCAACAAUAUUAUUAACUCGUCGCAAUCAUCGUGCUACUCCCUCCAGUAAAAACCUGACCAAACUUCAGAUAAAGGUUAAGACCACAACACCAAUCCUUUGAAAUGUGUUUAGGAUAUCAGUACGCAUGUACAGCUAAAGAUAUGCGCACGUACACAUCAAUUGUAUUUUUUACGAGUUUCGUUUUAUCGCAUUGUGUGACAAUACAUUGGAGUGACGAAGUUGAUAUCAUAAGUAAAAAAAUAAUCGAACUGAACCCUAUGCACAUCACAGGAGUAUUAUCUGAUUUGAUAGUUAUAUCUGCACCGAUCGUACCAAACGCUCGAUACUACUUGUACAAUCCUAACGGAGACCCGAUAAAAUUGAACAUCAGUCGCCCAACAUACCCAGCACCAGAAGGGAACACAAUCGACAACCAAUACGACUCAAUAGUUAUAAAGUAUGCUGACCAACUCAAAGGCAUAUACCCGCUGAGCGACUACAAAGUCUUCAAUCUAUGUUCCAAAGACGCAGACAGCAAUGAGACAUUUGAGAAAUACGCUAAUAAAAUGUAUGCGAACGACUUCAUUAUUGGUCCCUUGACAGAGGAGGAUCAUGGCAAUUGGGCGAUAAGCGCAUACAGCCAAGACAAAGAUGGAAAUUGGACUGAGGUUUAUCGAGUUAUUACUAUAGAAAUUAUAGAGUACAUACCACCAAAGCCGAGAAUAGCCAAACUGCGUGAAGGGGACACAUUUGAGUUCAGUUUUGCGCAUCCUAUCGCACAAAUGACUAGUUGCGAACUGACCGCACCAAGAUCAACGUUCGACAGAUUUUAUGAGAGGGACCACAUCAACAUGGGAUCGUGUGGCUACAUUAUAAAGAAUGUAACAAAGCAAGACCAAGGCACGUGGAGGAUAAUGGGUGUGGGCAGAGUUAACUACGGCACCCAAGUUUAUUUGGAGGUGCUCAACGGUGUUGCGACGUAACCUGCAUUUGAAAAGUUGUUUUUACAUAUUAUUCAUCAUGUCU